CACCAUCAUCAUCAUGCCAGUUUGUGCCCUCCAUCUGCUCUCCCUACAUGUUCCGUUGGCUGGAUUCCUCUCCGCCCUAUCUUCUGCUCAGCUUGAGCCUCUUGUUGUUUCCCGUGUUGUCCGCUGGAUUAUUACACCCAAAGCUCUCUCAGUCGACCCUUUACUCAACAGCGAUAUACGCUGGGACUUGUUAUUAAUUAUUCCUUCUGCCGAUCCUCUUCCCGUCGAGCUGCAGUCUCUUGUUUGCAAGCAAUGGUCAAUCAAAAUUGGGGUGCCGUCGCGCUUAGUAAACGGAUUCACGGAGCGCAACAGAACUCUCCUUAAGCCGGACCGUAAUGGCAUUCCCCCGCUAACUGGUGCUCUGGACAAGCCACGCAUUGCAAUCUCGUCCCAAGACUUAGAGCUCACCGACGAGUUGCGGAACUGGGUGAAAGAGUUUGGCUCGGUGUCGGCUCCAGGUAGCGGUGCGGUGAGCAUGCUGAACCUGCUGGCUUUCGCGCCAGGCAAGAAGCAGGAAUACCUCAAGUACGGUGCUGAGUUUGCAAAAUCUAUCGGGGCAAGGAGAGGCGGCAAUGCUAAGGUGGUCGGAACGGUGGUAGAAGACGGAAAUGAAAAGGGCGCAGGCCUAAGACAAGGCGACAAUGUGUGGGAUGAAGUUGCUUUGGCGCAUUAUCCCAGUAUCUGGCAUUUUGCGGAUAUGAUUGCCAGCGAAGACUAUCAGGAAGCCAACCGCAGGUAUAGAGUGGGCAGUCUGAAGGACACGUUGAUUCUGUGCACGAGCGAGCUGGACCUGCCGCAGAAGGGAACUGGCCACUGGGCGAGACUGUAACAUACCUGGUCGAAAUAGGCAAGCGCAGGCCGACACACGAGCCCCCACCUACCUAAAACGUGUGAGGGUCC